GGGGCUACAGCGGCGGCCGCGGCCGCCGCCCGAAGCCGCUGUCCGAAGCCGCUGUCCGACGCUCGCUCGGCCGCUCGCAGCGCCCUGAGCGCCAUGGCUCCGGCCGCGCUGGGCUCGGAGGCGCGCCUCAGCCUGGCCACCUUCCUGCUGGGCGCGUCGGUGGUGGUGCUGCCGCUGCUCACGCGCUCCGGCCUGCAGGCCCGCACCGUGCUGGCGCUGUACGUGGCGGCGCUGAACGCGCUGCUGCUGCUGCUCUACCGCCCGCCGGCGCGCUACCAGAUAGCCAUCCGGGCCUGUUUUCUCGGCUUCGUCUUCGGCUGUGGAUUGCUGCUAAGUUUUAGCCAGUCUUCUUGGAAUCACUUUGGCUGGUAUAUGUGCUCCUUAUCAUUAUUCCAUUACUCUGAGUAUUUAGUGACAGCAGUUAAUAAUCCCAAAAGUCUCUCCCUGGACUCUUUUCUUCUGAACCAUAGUCUGGAGUAUACAGUAGCUGCUGUCUCUUCUUGGAUAGAGUUCACAGUUGAAAAUUACUUUUGGCCAGAAAUGAAGCAGAUAGUGUGGCUCAGUGUUACAGGGCUGCUUAUGGUGGUUUUUGGGGAGUGUCUUCGGAAAGCUGCCAUGUUUACAGCUGGUUCCAAUUUCAACCAUGUUGUUCAGAACGAAAAAUCAGAAACACACACUCUAGUGACGAGUGGCGUGUAUGCUUGGUUCAGGCACCCCUCUUAUGUUGGAUGGUUUUACUGGAGUAUUGGAACCCAGGUGAUGCUCGCUAACCCAAUAUGUGGCAUUGCAUAUGCUUUGACAGUCUGGAGAUUUUUUAGAGAUCGAACAGAAGAAGAGGAAAUCUCAUUAAUUCACUUUUUUGGAGAAGAAUAUCUAGAAUAUAAAAAGAAGGUGCCCACAGGCCUACCUUUUAUUAAAGGAGUGAAGGUGGAACUCUAAUCCAAGGCAUGGCAUGAAGGGUGACGGUGUCUCUGAGGAGGUGACGCCAGCUCUGGGCGCAUGAGGAAAGGAGCCACAUGAGCUUCUCUGUUAGAAAUUGAAGGAUUCUCUUAGUCAUUUUGUAUUUUACCAAUUAUGCUGUGGAGAAGCACUAAGGGCUGGGCAGUCAGAAGGCCUUGAAAUGGGUUCGAGAAGACACAGAUCCAUACUCAUCCCUGGCCAUGACAGGUAGGACUUGUAGCUAAAAGCAAACUAGGAGGAAGUGACUCCACCUCCUCUGGUGGCGUUCCUCAGAAGAGAACUUGGUGACCAGCUGCUUAGCCUUUCCAGGGCCCACCAGGAAGGAGCUGGCUGUGGAAGAAUCUGCAACACGGGUAGAUUAACUGCUUCCCAAUAGUAAUGCUAUGAAAAGGCAAAAAAGGUGUUAUGGGUGUUGGGUGGGGAUGGGGAUAUAAGUGCUUCUUAUUUGCAUUAGAAACUGGAUUGUCAAACUUGAUUUAACAGGCAAGCUCAGACCUCACUGCUCUGACCUCUUGGUUUCUCUCCUCAAGUGCAUGAGCAUCGGUACCAUGUUGGAAAUAUUUGCUUAUAAGAUGCUUUGGCUUUCCCCAUUUCUGUAAUUUUUUUUUUUUUUUUUUUUAGCAGCAAUGUUAUUCACUCAUUUUAUUUUUUGUUUUAGACUUCACAUGUAUAUUUGGCAGCAAAUAGGUGUGGGAACUUAACAUUUUAAAAUGAUUAUAGAUUGUCUUAAGGUGAGUGAGAACUCUUUAAAAUUGAAAAUUUUCCCUACCAGGCAAAAUGUGUAACUAGCAACUUUCCAAAUCCAAUGACCUUUGUGGGAAGAUUUGUUUCCUACUUUUUAUUCCUUCCCAAAGGGUGGCGUUUGUGAAAAGUGAGAUACUUCCCAGUAUCGGGACCUCUUUUUGUUGCUGUCAGAGAGGGAGUAGGGAACAGAAAGCUUUCAUUGCAGAUGUUUUGAAAAGCUCUGCUGGCCAUUACUCACCCAUUUAAUUGCCUGCCUAUUGGCUGUACUUCUUGCAUUUCGUCCAAAAUUUACAAUCUAACGCUCUUAACCCCAGUUCUUGGUGGUUCUCUUUUUCCAGCGUGCUUCAUGAUUUUUGGCAUUUGAUGAUAUGUUACUACAAAUUUGAGUUCAUUUAUGAAAAUCAAUUUUCUAAUCCCAACUGGGAUCCUCGUUGUUCUUUCCCAAGUGCAGGGGAAAUAAUUGGUUUUACAAAUCAAAUGUACAAGCUUUAAGAGGUAAAAUGCCUAUUGGAUUCUGGAAUCGUUACAGAGUUAGUCUGGGUGUGAGAUCCUUUGAAGUGACACUAGCUAGCUAUGAACGUGAAGGCAUCUGGGGCCAGUGGGGAGAGCAUUUCUACCACUGAUUCACCAUGAGGCCUUGUGCAAAGUCAAGUAACCCUUCUGUGCCUAAAUCUCCCCAUGAGCUUAGUGGGGAUAAUGACACCUACCUCACAGGGGUGUUGUGAGGAUUCAUUAGAAAGAAUGUCUCUUACACAUUUUUAACUCAGAUAAAUGAGAGAGAUGUUGUCUAAGAGAAAACUACAAUCCGUGCAAAAUAGAAAAAAUGAUCGUGUGUACCCAUUAUAUGCACACACACCUAAAAUGUAUGUUCCAAGCGUCUUAGGUCUUACCAAUUUAGAAAUGUUACUUAUUUCCAGGUUUCAUGGCUUCAUUUAUUUUCUGUUCCUAUAUACCAAAGAGGCUUUACAAGUUCUUUGAUUACUGGUAGGAAAACUUGCUGGUAGGAGAACUGCAUGAAAAUUGCUAGACUUUCAGUCUUUGCUUUAGUUACAAACUUGAGAUAAGAUUAAGAAAAAGGCACUUGCUGAAUUUGUGGUCCUUGGGGUUCUUGGCAGCAGCCCUUUGGCCCUUGAUGGUAAAAUUAUGUGCACUGUUAGUGGCUCCAAUUGAGUUAAUUCCCACCUUAUUCUUCUCCAAACUCAGCUGAGCUGAGAGACUGGCAUCCCCCCUGGCACGUGAGGAAGGAUUUUUCUUUGCUUGAAUCCAGCAAGGACCAAAUCCAGACUUCCAUUUCUUUUCUUGAAGGCCACACAUUUUGAACUUUGAACAGUUUUUACUGUGGCAUGUGCUCUUGGGGGGGACAAGUUAAUUACUAUACCUGUGUUUCGUGGACCAGAAGCCUACAGGUAUCAGGGUGUAAUUAUUUACUCAUCCUCUUAGAUCCCCAAGUGCAUUACCUUCAUUUGACCAAGCCCCAAUCCCAGGCUACCCUAGACCUCCAGGUCUUCAGGUUGCACUGUGACAUUUUGCUGCUAUUCAGCUGCCCUGGAUACUGUGUUUCACUCUGGUUUAUAGAAAAACCUUGUGGCAGUCUUAUGGGAGCAGGUGAGAAAUCAGUCCUACAUUAGGGCAGAUGUCGGCAAUUACGGGGAGAAAACAAAAAUAUUUGAGGGCAGGAUUUGAGGACUUUUGACUUCCAUCUGAUACCAUGAGCUUCAGUUUCAUUUAAAAUAUAUAAACUUAGCAAUAACUGUGUACAGUACAGAAAAUUAGAUGGAUAAGUUCACUGCUUCUCUGGCAUUCACUUUACAGUUGACAUCACUAAUUCCUUCUAAAUAAUGAAGUGGCAGGAGAUGCUUUUUUAUAUUUCAAAGUUUUUAAAUGGAUAUAUAUAUAUAUGUAAUAUGUAUAUAUAUUCUUAUCUAGAAAAGGGGUCCUGUGAAACCCUUGGGCCCAGAGCUGUGUAAAGUGAAGCAGCAUUUCUUUAGCUGGCCUUGCGGUUAUUCACAGGACUCCUCAAUGAAUCAGGUUGGGUUGAGUUUACAAGGGAAUGAGUAGGACUAGGAGCCAAAUCUAUUUUUACAAAGUCAGUAAAUGAUGACAUGAACCUGACUGUUCCUUAGUACAAAUUGCUGCUGAAAAGGUAGUCAAUUUUAUUAGUCCUGUCUUUCCCUCCAUUUACAUAAUAUUCUUCCUAAUUCAGCUAGAUUUCUGAAUGGGGGGGGGGGGGAAGUAUAUA